AUGAUUUACGACCAAGUCAUUGACAAAUUUGGCAUCACCUGUCCCGACAAAGGCUCAUUCUACGUCUGCGACGACAAACCCACCAAAUUCAUCGGCUGCUGCACCGUCGAUCCGUGCAAGACGACCACCGGCGAUUGCCCCGACGGUAACCUCACCGCCGCCAGCUUCCACCCGAAUUCCUACCUCGACAUCGAGGGCCAGGACUGCGUCAGCGGCGACCCAGGAGUACAAUGGUUCAGCUGUGCGGCAACGAGCCCUCCCUUCCUGGGGUGCUGCUCCGGCAAUCCAUGCAAUGAUGGCGGGUGCAAGGGCUCAAACCUCUCCGCCGCUGUGCUCAACCCCGACGAAUCCAAGGCUGCGGCCUUCCUCCCCGAUGGCUAUAAUCAGAGCAAGGGCCUCUCCACGGGAGCCAAGGCGGGCAUUGCCGUGGGCUGUGUCGUCGCCGGAUUGGCCAUCAUUGGUCUCGUCGCCUGGUGGUUCUGGAGGAGGAGAAAGCAGAGGAAGCAGCAGCAGCCGCGGGAGGUCGUGCUGGGAGAGAAGGGCAGCAAGAGUCACAGCAAUCACACCAGCCACAUGAGCAGUUUCAACGGCCCGUCCCCUACCUCCGGACACAUCUACUCUCCAGCAACGGACAUGGGCACCCCAGGCCCGGACAGAUCAACCGUCUACGACCCGUACGGCAGGGAGCACGUUGUCGGGUCUCCAACGGUCUCGGACCUGACAUCAAAUCGAUCGACGUUCAUCUCCGGCUACGAACCGUCAGCGCCGUCCAUCAGCCCGUACGAGGGCUACUCCUCGAGCCAGCCGAUCCCUCCCAUGCCGAGCCCGUCGCCGAAUCAAUGGCAUCCCAGCAUGUACAACAGCGAGAGGCAGAGCCAGGUGGAGGCGUACCCGUAUGCCCUGAAUGCCAUCUCGCCCAUGCCCAGUGGUCUCGAGAAUGCGUAUUAUUCGCCGCAGCAAUUUGAUCAGCACCACUUGCAGCCGAUGCCUGGAGUGCCGAUGCCUCAGGUCAGGCAGCAGCAUGUGGCUGAGCUUCCGGUAAUGAUGGAGAGUGGAGGAGUUGCUGGGGCGGGACAUAACCUGGCACCGCCUCGGAGAGGGGCAAGUGGGAGGAGGGGGAGGGCAUGA